AUUCAGUCUUCUCAGUUGUUCGGUAUAGUCGGAAACGUUUUUGAGUAGAGAAAAAAAAUGACCAAAAAAAAUAAGUACAAAGGGGUGCCAAACAAAAAGAAGGUGCCCAUCACUGCAACCGACAAAGAAGAGGAAGCUCCCCGUGAUAAGGAUCUUAAGAUCGUUGAAGAGAAAGGCCCUGAACCUGAACUUAAGCCUGAACCAAUGGAAGAAUUGAGCAUGGAGAAGACCAAGAAGCACCUGGACCAAAUGUCGGCCUUGGCCACUAUGCCAUUGCGUUUGGACCACCAGAUCCAGUGCAUCAAGGUCGUCCAGCAACAACUCUUCAAGCUCCACCUGCAGCAGGUGAUCCUCCUCGAUGGCUGCACUGAUUUCCUCCAGGAACUCAACAACAUCCAGACGACUAGUGUCCUCGAGGAGCAGCGAGUACUGGAGACUUUUAAAGAGGUCAAGUCCAAGUUAUCAGAGGUUUUCGAGCACUUUUUGCCCGCUCAGUUGGAUUUGCUAAAGCAGGAAACAAAGAUCUUGGAGGUGUCCAACCAACUGGUGUUCAAAUAAUUUAUUAAUCUUUUAGAUUUAUAAUUAAAGGGGAUAAAAAUCCAAU